CACUGUGGAGAGCUCAGCUGCAGAAGGAAGGCAUUUGGAAAAAGGCUGGGUGGGUGAAUCCCCCAACUUGGGGGGUAGGGGGUGAUGAAACCCCGUAUUAGCCCUGAAACUUUCUGACUACCAAGGAAUAUUACGUUAUAAAGCGACGAUUGAUGGGGGAAACGCCACUUCCCAGAAACCAGACGAGUCCCAGUACCAGGAAGCAGAGAGGGGUGCCGAUAAAAGCGGACGGGGCUGCGCGGGGUCGCGGAGCAGGAGUGCGGGGUCUGCAUGCGUCUGCCGGUCCGAUCAGCUGCUUCACCGAACCGUCAUCUGCCCCAAAUCUGCGCAAAAUGGAUGACGGCAAGAUAGGGGGCGGAAAGGCGAAGAAGCCUGGCAAGCGGGGGCGCAAACCUGCGAAGAUCGACCUGAAGGCGAAGCUGGAGCGCAGCCGGCAGAGCGCCAGGGAGUGCAGGGCGCGCAAGAAGCUGCGCUACCAGUACCUGGAAGAUCUGGUGUCCAGUAAGGAAAGGGCCAUCUGCGCCCUGCGGGAGGAGCUGGGCAUGUACAAGCAGUGGUGCUCUGCGAUGGACCAGGGGAAGAUCCCGUCGGAGAUCAAGGCUUUAUUGACGGGGGACGAUCAGAAAGGGCCUCCGAGUGCAGCCAGGGCCCCUAAAAUCGCCAAAAGCCACCCGAGCACCAACACAUAGAGGGAGUCCUAGUGAGAAUCAGGUGGGAGGUGGCAGCGGGGGCUGGGAUAGCUGCCCGGUCAGGAGGUGAAAGUUCAUGAGGAAUGGAGGAGCGAGCUGACCAAGCAGUCGACAUGCCGAUGGCGGACGUGCCUGAUUUUAGGCAUCAUGACAGGAAGGGGAUCUGUUAUCAGUAUUAGGACAGCAAAGGCCGAAUGCAGCUUUAACCACCCUGUGGGCACUUGAUUAGUUCCAUGCUAUUUAUUGACACUAUAGUCAGGCCUCACUAAUGCACACAAUGCUACUGUAUUAUGGGAAAAUUCACAAUAUGUGUACAGUGGAUGUACCCUUGAGUAAGUAUAUAUACUUGAUCCUGUGUAUGGACAUGUUGGACAUGAUACUGAAGAAUGAUUAUUUUAUUAAUGUUAUGAUUUUCAAGGCUCACUGCCAAGCUUGUGUGUCUGCGUGUGUCAUGGAGAGUAAGAUUAUUAAAAAUGUCAUCAUUUAAGGCAAUCUUGUAUAACUUUUAAGUUUAUUGUCAUGUAAGAUAACGAUGCAGCAUCAUUACCUGUAAUGACAUUCCUUGAAUUGAGCCCCCUCAAUGUUUGCAAACUAAAAUAUUACUUAACAGUAAAAAAAUAAUAAUAAUAACACUUAAGUAGAAUAAAAUAAAGUAGCAUAAUGGUACAACUAGUAAUUAGUAGAAUAAAAUAGUAAGAUAAUGAGGUGCUUAGUACACAGUGUUUAGCAUGUGCAGGUACUUAUCAAAGGCUGUAGUACAGAAGAGUGUAGUGUGUACAUGUAUCUGUAUAUACACUCUCCUACAUGUGUACAAAAGAUAUUUUUAAAGUUAAAGUAUGGUCAGAUAAGGAUGUUCAAGGUGUUUAGUAUUUCAGCAGUUCAGUUGUCUGAUGGCUUGCGGGUAGAAACUGUCCCUGAACCUGCUGGUGUGGGUCUGGGUGUUCCUGUACUGCCUGCCUGAUGGCAGGGGUGUGAAGAAUCCGUGGCUGGGAUCCGCUGUGUCUUCCUCCUAUAAUGCUGUCUGUAGAGGUCCUGAGUGGCUGGGAUCAGAGAGGAUCCGCUGUGUCUUCCUCCUAUAAUGCUGUCUGUAGAGGUUCUGGAUGACUGGGAUCAGAGAGGAUCCGCUGUGUCUUCCUCCUACAGCGCUGUCUGUAGAGGUCCUGAGUUUCCAGCAAAAGAUGGAAGCAAAGCUUUCAGAGGAUAAAGUCAUGGGGAAAGAAGGAGGCAUUUUAAUCAGCGCCACACUGCACUUCAAUUGCUCAAUCAAUAAUUUUCAUCAACAUGGGCAUGGGGUGGGAGGGGUCAGGGGCAUCUGACUGCGGGUCAUGGUGGAGCUGAACAACCAGUGCACUGCCUGGAUGGGGGGCUCUCCAAAAUCCUCGGAAAUAACUGGAUUUUGUUUUCAAAAUUUAGUGCUUUGUUGUUAUAGAACUAAGUAACAUUAUGAGUUCUGCUUAUCUUAUGUGCACAAAUAUAUUGUGUAAGUAAUGUAUGCAAUCAGUGGUUUUUGCUAAUUCUGAAUCCAAAAGUAAACCAAAACUAAACUCACCAUUACAAGAAGUUGUUCAUAGAGUGAAAGUUCCAAGAGGGCAGGUGGCUGCUGUGAAGAUUCUAUCAGGAAACAAGUUACAAAUGCAGAGAAAGAGCCUAAGAGAGAAGAAUACAGAAGAUUAUUUGACAGGAUCCAGGACUGUGGCUCGACAAUCUCUCAGUCGCAAAGAGAUUCAGUUGCUUGCAAAUUUGCAUGCAGAACUGCAGAAAUGAUUAAAUAUAAUAAAUGCCU